GCGACACACAUAAAAGACAGUCAACAGAAAAAAAAAACAGAGAUAUGGCACUCGUACAGUAAACUUUCAGCUUUCAAAACCCCUGUAUCUCCGGCUUGGCAUAUAUCUGCUUUAGAGAGGAGGAAGGAGGAGGACCAAGGACCAGCGAUGUCGGGGCGCCUCAACCAGCAGCACGCGGCGUAUGCGCAACGAAUGGAGCAAGAGAAUAACCGGGUGCAGGCUACACAGGCCGUGAACAGCUACUACAGCCACUGGGGCAAAGUUACAUCGCGCUUCGAGAACUGGACAAACAAGGAGUACUAUGAGAAGGCCGAACAGAAGCUCCAAUCCCAUCGAGAUCAGCAGGAAAAGGAAUUGGCUCUCAGGGAGCGGCAGGCUAAGCUUCGUGAACUUUUUGCCUCUGAAUCCGAGGCCUACGAUAAUGAAAUAGAGCGUCGUCGUCGUCCGCGGGAACCUGGCGGUGGAGACCUCCAAAUGCUAGGCCGAGUAAACCAAUCCCUCAAGGAGCAGGAACAACUCCGUCGCAAACUAGAGAUGGAGGCCAAGCUGUACGGUCGCUGGCGGCAUGGAGUCGAUGAUGAAAAGCUGCUUUACCAAUCCAAAACGGACAACGAAGUGCUGGCCAAACUCAACUGGCUGGACCGCCAGAUCGAGAAUCAGCAGCAGCGCGAGGAGCAGGAGGCGCUGGCCGCCGAAAGGCAGCUUCUAUUGCAGCAAGAGAUCAGCCGGACUGAGCAGGCUCAAAAGGAGCGCCAACAGAUACGGGAGCAGCAGUUAAAGGAAUUGCGGGCUCUACAGGAAUCCCAUAUGUCGGAACUUCGUUUGCGCCAGCAAGAAUCUGACAAGUUGAAGGAGGAAGAGCAGCACUUCCAGCUCUUCUUGGGUGAACUUGACAAGGAGCGGGAACUUCUGGAGGAGAGCAGUGCCCUGGUGCUAAAACAGGCCGACUCUGGGAACGCCUACAACCUGAAAAAGAUCAAGGUGUUCAUCCGACAACGCAGCGAAGCCAGUCGCAAGCAAAUCUCACUGUGCAUCAACAUGUUGCAACGCAUGUCCAAGUACGUGGUCAAAACGGAGGAGCUGAACAGUCUUCUAGAGAAGUACCGUUCGCACCUGGAGAACGAGGAACUAUCCUGUGCCCAGAUAGAGUCCAUGUACGAGUCGGAAGCCAAGUACAACUUGCAGCGUUGUGAGGAGAACUGGCGGGAACAGCACUUGCAGCGCUACGGAGAGCUGAGCAAGUUCAUCGACCAAGAGAAGGAUUGCUUGGGCGGUCUGCUCCAAGAGAAUGUCAGUCAGCAGCAGGCAUUGGUGGAACUAAGAAGCCAACAUCUGUCCGCUAUUGAGCAGGCGAACAAGCAGUUAGAGCAACUUACUCAGGAGCAGUCUGAAAUGAGUGUUCCAUCGGUUACUAAUCUCAAGGAAGUGGAAUCCCAAGCUUCCGUUUCAGAGCAGUCGUUUGAAGAGAACCCUAUGCCCAAAGUGAGUGACUCCUUCUCUAACCUUAACUUAGACGUGUGGAAGAAUCUGCCCCCGGCUCGUGGAGAAGUGGACUUGCAGCGCCUUAACAAAUCUCGUUCCCUGAAUGUGGUUACCUCACAGACAGCCGCUCCACCGAAGUUCGCACGCAAGCGUGUGGCUUGGACUUAACAUUUCAAUCGUUUCAGCUUAAAUUUCAAUGGUAUUAUUAGACAUAUUGCUAGUUUAAUCUCUGUUUAGCCAUAGUUUAUCUUUUUGUGUAACUCCCACACACUCAACAUACACUCAACACACAUCCCAUUCCACUUCGAAACACUCCAACCCAAUGAAUACCACCACUUAACUCAAACGAACACCACUCUGUGCACUUGUAGUUGAUAAGGCUGAUAGAUAGGCGCUUCCCCCCGAGGAGGGGCAAUAAAUCACUCAAUUUGUGGGCCAGCAAAA